ACCGGAAGUGCAGCGCUUUGGGGGAGGGCAGUAUUGUGCCACGUUGAUGGAGGCCAGUGGGGACGUGGAACUGUUCCUGUGUUGAACCGGGCCAGCCGCUAACUCUGUCUCAUCACACAGUUUACACAGCCAAGGAAGGGCAUUUUAAAAGUUGACCAUUAAAGUUUCUCACCCUUUCAUACUGCUUGGAUGAGUUUGUGCAUGCUGUAUGCUUGUGACCAGUGCUAAGAGGGAAGGAUGAAGCUAAAAGAGAUAAACCGCACUGCCAUCCAGGCUUGGAGCCCAGCACAGCACCACCCGAUAUACUUGGCAGCAGGUACCUCUGCCCAGCAGCUCGACGCUACCUUUAGCACCAAUGCCUCACUGGAGAUCUUUGAACUGGAUCUGGCUGAGCCCACUUUGGCCAUGAAGUCAUGUGGGACUUUCUCCUCACCUCACAGAUAUCACAAACUAGUGUGGGGCCCAGAGGGGACUGAUGAACAGGGUCUACCCUCUGGAGUGCUCAUUGCUGGAGGAGAGACCGGCAACAUCAUUCUCUAUGACCCUUCCAAGAUCAUUGCCGGUGACAGUGAAGUUGUCAUUGCUCAGAGUGAUAAACACACGGGGCCUGUUCGAUCUCUCAGCGUCAACUUAUUUCAGACAAACCUGGUUGCUUCUGGUGGUAACGAAUCAGAAAUCUACAUUUGGGAUUUAAACAGUUUUGGCUCCCCGAUGGUUCCAGGCCCAAAAUCACAGCCAGUGGAGGACAUUAGCUGUGUGGCAUGGAACUGCCAGGUGCAGCACAUUCUAGCCUCAGCCAGUCCCAGCGGGAGAGCAUCCAUCUGGGACCUGAGGAAGAAUGACCUCAUCAUCAAAGUCAGCGACCACAGCAACAGGAUGCAUUGCUCUGGGCUGGCCUGGAACCCAGAGGUGGCCACUCAGCUGGCGUUAGCCUCUGAGGAUGACCGCAUGCCUGUCAUCCAAAUGUGGGACCUGCGCUUUGCCACUUCUCCUCUCAAAGUCCUGGAGAACCACACGAGGGGUGUUUUGGCCAUUGCUUGGAGUCUUGCUGACCCUGAGUUGUUGCUGAGCUGUGGGAAAGAUAAUCGUAUUCUCUGCUGGAACCCCAACACUGCCGAGGUCCUAUAUGAGCUGCCUACCAGCUCUCAGUGGUGCUUUGACAUCCAGUGGUGCCCCAGGAACCCAGCUGUUCUGUCUGCGGCUUCCUUUGAUGGACGUAUCAGUAUCUACUCCAUCAUGGGAGGCAGUAAUGACGUUGCCAACAGCGCCCAGGCUGAUCAGAUAAGUUCCUCAUUUGGCAACAUGGAUCCGUUCGGCACGGGCCAGACGUUGCCUCCGCUGCAGCUGCCUCAACCCACCAGUACAAACAGUACCAUCACACCGCUGAAGAAACCACCCAAGUGGAUUCGUAGACCUGUGGGAGCUUCUUUUGCUUUUGGUGGUAAACUCGUGUCUUGGGAGAAUAUCAAACCACCACCUCAGCAACCACAGCAGCCUGUGCCCCAUGUUGUCCACGUUAGCCAAGUUGUCACUGAAACAGAUUUCUUGGACCGCUCAAACCAACUUCAGGCCACCCUCACUGCAGGAACCUUUGUGGAAUUCUGCCAGAAAAAGAUUGAAGAUGCUGAGAAUGAGUUUGAGAAGACUGUUUGGGCUUUCCUCAAGGUCCAUUUUGAAGAUGAUACUCGGGGGAAAUACUUGGAACUUCUGGGAUACAAGAAGGAGGAACUAGCAUUAAAGAUUGCAUCAGCUUUAGAAGGAAAAGACCACAAGUCAGAUGAAAACAUUGAGGAUGUUUCCAUGUUUACACCCCCCACUGUUGCUCAACAACCCGUGCCAGAGGUGGCCUUGACACCAACGGUUGAUUUGGACACUACACCGCCGAUAAACCUUGUGCCUCCUGUUAACGGUGAGCCAGAACCUGAGCUGGAGCUGAGUGCUGUACAUUUGGAUGAAGAGAAACCCAGAAAUGUGGCCCUUAAUGCUGACACAUCUGAAGAGGAGGCAGCAUUGGAGGAGGUGGAAAAGAAUGGGCCUGUGGUAGAGGAGGAGGGUCCAGAACUUGAGGAGAUCCCUGUGGUUGAAGAGGAACCUGUUGCUGAUCAGAUCCCUGUACUUGAAGAGACUCCGUCUCCAUCCUCAGAAACUGUUAAAGCCAGCCAAGAUGUAGAUAGACUCAUCACCCAAGCACUGCUUAUUGGGGACUUUGAAGCUGCCGUCAACCUCUGUCUCCAUGACAACCGAAUGGCGGACAGCAUCAUCCUGGCCAUUGCUGGUGGGCCAGAGCUGCUUGAAAAGACCCAGAAGAAGUACUUGGCCAAAACCCAAAGCAAAAUUGGCAAGCUCAUCAGUGCUGUGGUAAUGAAAGACUGGCUGGAUAUUCUGGAGACAUGUGAUCUCCACAACUGGAAGGAGGCUCUGGCUGCAGUUAUGACCUAUGCCAAACCUGAGGAGUUCUCCUCCCUCUGUGGGCUGCUUGGUACCAGACUGGAGGCUGCUGAGGACUUGCCCCUGCAGGCACAGGCCUGUCUCUGUUACAUCUGUGCAGGCAGCAUGGAGCAGCUGGUGUCUUGCUGGUCCAAAGCACAGGACUCCAGCAGCCCUCUCUCACUGCAGGACCUGGUUGAGAAGGUGGUGGUGCUGCGGCAGGCAGUGGAGAAGGCUCAGGGUGGUGUGGCCCCCGCCGUGGGCGCCAUGCUGGCAGAGAAGAUGAGUCAGUACGCCAGCCUGCUGGCCUCUCAGGGCAGCCUGCAGACCGCCAUCUCCUACCUGCCCACCAACACUGAGCAGGUUGCAGUGCAGCUUUUGCGGGAGCGUCUGAGCCGAGCUCUGGGUCAGUAUGCUGCGGCCCCUGCAGCCUCCACGGUGCCGCUGCAGAACAGACAGCCAGCAGUGCCUGCCGCCAUUCCACCGCAGGCCUACGCUCCGGUCCAGCCUCAGCCUCAGCCUCAACAACUGCCCCCUCAGCCCACACCUACUGCCCCCACACAGCAGUACUACCAGCAGGGUAGGGCUGCCUCUACUGUCACUUCCUGGAGUAACCAAACCCCAACAGUUCUGCCCAGUGUCCCUCGUCCGCUAGCCCCAGCAAAAGACCUGCAGGCUGAGCCUGUUCCAGGACCCUUUGGCCCACAGUCCCCAGUGAAUGCUGGUCCUACUGCUCCCGGUGCAUUCAUGUAUUCACAGCAGUAUCAGACCUACCCCCAGGUCCAGCAGUUCCCACCUGGUGCUGGGGGACCAACUAUCUAUCAGCCUCUCCAGUACUCUUCUUCUGCAUCCUCUCCUCUUCCUCCUCCACCUUCAUCCUCUGCUCCCGCUCCUUUCUACCCCCCUCAUUUCAUGCAACCUGCUUCAUCUCAGCCUGCACCUCCGGUCUUCCCCGGACCUCUUCCUCCUCUUGCAGCAGGCCAGCCGGCUCCUUCUGCACCUCCUCCUCACUCCUCCACCUCUUCCUUCUCUCCUCCACCUUUCUCCUCCGGAGUCUCCUUUCAGCACGGCGGUCCGGGUUCUCCCACCGCUUAUCUCCCACCUCCACCCACCGGAGCUUCAGGUACACAGGCUGAGCCCGCCCUCAUCCCAGCCUCACAGAGAACAGGGGGAUUCACCCAAGAUAUCUGGUUUUUGGAAGGACCUCAGAAUGGCUGGAACGAUCCUCCUGCUCUCAGCAGAGUGCCCAAGAAGAAGAAGGUCCCAGAACACUACACUCCUCCUGCUCCCAUCACAGCACCAAUCAUGGCUCCGCUGGGAGACCCACAACAGGUGGCCCCUAUGCAGCCUCCCCAACAGCAGCAGCAGCAGCAGCAGCAGCUACCUGGACAGCCAGCUGGAGUUCCUGCCCCUUUCACCCCCAUCCAGCAGCAGCCCCUGGGACCUGCUGUCAGAAACCCUGCUAUGCCCAACAUGACUGUAGAAGGGGCACCAGGGGCACCCACUGGAGAUGUCAUACAGCCGAUGCAGUCUUUGCCUGCUGAGAAGAUUAUGAAGAAGCCCAUCCCAGAUGAGCACCUCAUUCUGAAGACCACAUUUGAGGGCCUAAUCCAGAAGUGCUUAGCUGCCGCCACAGAUCCACAAACCAAGAGGAAGUUGGAUGAUGCCAACAAGAGGCUGGAAUUCCUUUAUGACAAACUGAGAGAGCAAACUCUUUCUCCAGCCAUUGUGACUGGUCUCCACAACAUGGCCCGCAGCAUUGAAUCCCGCUCCUACACCGAUGGCCUCAACAUCCACACACACAUUGUCAGCAACAGCAACUUCAGCGAGACCUCCGCCUUCAUGCCAGUCCUGAAGGUGGUGCUAACACAGGCUAAUAAGCUGGGUGUCUGAUCUCAUGUGCGCACACACUACUUGCCAGUAUUCCCGCAACUCUGAUACAAGCCAUCAGUCAUUAAGGACCAACUUACAUUGACAUAUACCGCCAGUCUUACCGGAGCUGGAAUAGGGCAUUCCAGUUUACAGGCUUUUUUUCUUCUUUUGGUUAGUUUUUUUUUUUUUCUCCAGUUUUAUGUAUGUUUUAUGUUGCCAUUAUUUUAUAUGUGUAAUCAUGGCAGAGCAGAGUGCAAUGGGGGCGUUUUCCCCUUCUUUUCUGGAAAUUUAAUGGCAUGUUUUGAAACAAUGCAAUUUUAGGCAACUGAUGAGAAGUCUUAGGAUAAUGAUAUUUGGUCAGACAGGAUUUGCUAGCCUGUGUUUAUCAUGUAAUUGAGCUCUCAGUCAUUUGCAUUUUAAACUUUUUUUUUUGUUUCUUUAUACCUUUUAGCCUAUUGGUGUGUAUGAUUAUCAGAAGCCUUGCCAUUUCAGUGAUGUUCAACGCAGUUCCUCGCAAAGCAUUAUUGCAUUGUCUGUUGAUCAGGAUGGAUAUAAAGUCCAACAAGCAGAAAUUUUCAAUAAAUGUUAUUUAUUUUAAGUAUAAAGCUUUUAAGAUUUGAUUUAAUAUCAGCAACUAAACAGAGCUAGCAGAUCAAGAUUUGUUAUGAGGCUGCCUAGUAUUACUUUGUUUUAUAGCAUGAUAGGAUCUUGAUGAAAAAGCCACAGUCUGUUGUGGACAAAAAGAGGCGCACUAUACAAGAAUUGGUGACGUUCACCAUCAAAGGGAAAGUUGCUGUUGGUCUCCGUAUCACCAACAUCUGACAGAGUUUUGAUAUUGUAUGUUGUAUUCUCAACUUGCCUUAUAAUAAUAUGUUAGAGCCACUGCUGUUUUAAACACUAAGACAAAGUUUGUGGGAAAGUCUGAGAGAAGACAAACUCUAGCUGCUGGUCACUGAAUCUGUCUCCACCUUCAUUUGGUACGUGAAGGCUGUUUUGUUUCACGUGUGGCUGAAUUGGGGGGUUUUUAGUGCACAAUGUUUGAAUGAAUAUUGUAAAAAAUGGCGGCGGAUGUUUCAUUUAAAGCCAAUUGUCUAAUAAAUUGAUCAAUAUUUCUCAGAAU